GAACGAUGUAAAUGAAUAUCUUACUUUGUCGUCUAAGAUAUUCCUUAACGGUCUUCAUCCGUCUCUUGAUCUUUCUCACUCGUUUACGCUUUAAUGGUGCGUUUGGAGAAGAUUGGUAUGCCUAAACAUGCUUAUUAUAGAAUAAUCCUCUCUUUUAUGAUGCUCGCUGUAUUACCUCUUUCGCUGCCUUUGCUCGUAAACGUGCUGGAAGUCUGUUUAAGUUAUGACUUGCUGCUCUACGACGAAGGCCACGAGGAAGAGAUUGAAAGAUCACUUGUCACCUUGCUUUCUUGAUUGCAUUUUGCAUAGAGUUUAUUUCUGCAAUUCGCGCCAUUGCAAAUUUGCUAGCGUCAAUAGGACCUGAAAUAAGAGGAGCAUCCUCAG